AUGGACCCUACCACGACUCUCUUUACCUUCAUGCUCGAGACGCAUCCGACAGUUCAAUCAGUUCAUCUUUUCGGUUCUUGGGACAACUUCUCGACAGCCUACUUGAUGGAGCGUGACAUUCGACGAGACCGUGGCCAAUGGCGCGGGUGUUACUCUUUCAAGGAUAUCGUCUGUGACGAUGACAACGGCGCCUGCCGGAAACGAAACGGCGGUUUGAAGAUGGGCCACAAGUAUUACUACUAUGUGAGUUGGGUUCGCAAGGAACCAAUCUCAUCUUUUGGUGCUAAUCUAUAA